UAAUAUUCAGGUAGUACUACUGUGCAUUAUCUGCUGCGGGGGGGAAGCCAUCGUACAUGUAGCAGUUAACCGAUAGAGACUAGGGCGCGACUCUAAUAUGUCCGUCACGGAUGUGAGUCUAUUCUAACGAAUCACGCCGCCCCCUUUGUCGGGCCAAUCUCUCCGACCCUUAAUCUGCCGAGUUCGCAGAGCCGCAACAGCUACUUCACCCAAGUCUCAGGCGAUAGGAUGAGGCCUUGUCCUUUUCCCUUUUGUCGGGAAGGAUACGAUGCAUAUAUUGCGGAUAUUUAUUGGAGUCUCGCACCCACUAGGUAUCAUGUUCCUAUCGACGAAUCUAACGCUCCUUUCCUUCACAAUCCUUCACUAUGACUACACCGGCUCGCUUAGAAGAGGGCCAUGAAAUGGCUGGGAUCCCCGGUAGUAGCGGUGCUAAUGAAGACCCUAUAGAGCCUGGAACCGGGAACAAUAGCACCGGGUAUGAAAACUUUCGUGGAGACUCUGACCUUAAAAAGGGAGUGCCUAUAGGUUGGCCUUCUAUUGCCGCUACUCAGUUAUACUAUCCCAACCUCAGUAUUCAUCGACGCUUCUCCUAUCUUCUACAUCGGGUCCUCAUAGACCAAGAAACGAAGCUCGCGUACCUCGAGAAUAAACUGCAAGAGCUCGAUAAAGAAGACGAGGGAAGCAAUGACGCCAGAUUGAAAAAGCUUUCUUUUGAUCCGGAAACGUUACUCUCCAGCCACACUCCAUCCCAGGCUCAAUAUCAGCCUACUUCUAUCCAAACAGCCCCGACAACAUCGAAAGUAGUAAAGGAGAAACAAAGGAAGACGAACGAGGAUAACAGAUGGGAAGACAAAGACCUCAUCCUGGAAUCCAUAUUGCCGAGAUUGAAGAAUUAUGACGAGCUACUCCUGCUCGGUAAAGAAAUGCAGAAGCUGCCACGUAUCUCUAGAAGAGAGCAUAGGGCAUUCUACGACGAGGUGAAGAACCAUCAUCCGCUUCUUGAUGCACCAGCAUACCAGUUCCUAUAUUCGAAUGAUGACUUCGUCACUACAGUCACCGACCGUGUGCAUCAGUACUUUGAAACAUUGAUAUACGGGGAAACACCCAUCAAAAGACUCAUCAAGAGGAUCUUUGGGCGAACCGACGAAAACUCCAACCUCGAAAUUGACAACCGGAUUUUGGUCGUUUUCCUCAAGGUCGUGGUAGCAUUCAUGAGCGGAGUACUACUGCUUUUUCCAGUUGCUAUACUCCUUCUCGUGAACCUAUCUAGGGCCGAAUCCUUUAUAGUCGUGGUCGCUUUCAACUUUGCAUUUGUAGCUGCCUUGGCCUAUUUGAACUGCAAUUGGGACACCAUCCUCGUCGGCCUAAGCGCAUAUAUGGCGGUACUCGUCACGUUCCUAUCGAACCUUGAGCAGGGAAAGACUUGACCCCUUUUUUGAAUGACGCUGAGGCAGAUACUUGAUAAAUGAGACAUUGUUUUAAAGAAAGUUAAUUUCUGAAUUUUACAUUACACCUUUCCUACUAUACUACUGCCUAUGUUCCUUCGUGAUACAUAUACGACGCAUUAGAUCUUUAUAUACAUUUAUUAUAUUUCUUGA